GCCACAACAGCCACAGAGAAGAUGAUGUCCAAUACCACCGCCGACGACUUGGCACUGCUAGAAAAGGCUCAAGCUCUUGUCGAAGUGGAGCAGCUACUCACAUCCACUCUAGAAAAGGUGGAACCAUGGUUGCUGGGAAACGCCACAACCAACAUUGAUCCCAAUCGACCCCGUGUCCGUCCGAUUCCACAAACCAUGGAACAAGUCAACCAUGUUCUCGCCGUGGCGCGCAACUUGGCCAGUCGAACAUCGGCACCAGCGGCAUGGAAUCCAGCAGCACCCGUGGUGGGAUUUUCCACUCCCAAUCCUCUACCUCACCAACUGCGUGGAGGCGCCUUGGCGGCCCUUCAAUUGGAACGGGCCCGACAAGACGAACGAGAUCGAAAGCGACAAAAGGUACAAGAAGAAGAAAAGGAAAAGACCAAAAAGGAAGCUGCGGCGCAGCCAAAGGGAGAUGCAAGAGGGGAACAGCAUCAUGCGGCAGCUGCUGCGGCUCGUAGGGCUGCUCGGGCAGCGGGAGAAGCUCAUGCCAGACGUAAUCCACAGCAGCAACAAAAGAUCAGUAUGAACCUCAGUGACAGCAGUAGUAGCAGCGAAGAGGAAGAGGACAGUGAUUGAUUAGUUUUCAUAUUUAUGUGGUGCAACUUGAAGAAGUAAAAGAAACUAGAAUGUUUUGAUUGAUUGGUACCAAAAUAUCAUCCAAGACGGAGGCUCAGGUGGAAUCAAUAAUAGAUCGAAACCAGUGAUUGGUAUCACUUGAUAUUAAUAGCUAGCCACCUCGACUGACAAGCUGGU